AUGCGUCCCGCGGCACCUCCGCCUCAGCCGCCAGUUACUACGCAACAACCUGGUUUAUUCAAGCAGAUGGCCGCUACUGCGGCCGGCGUGGCUGUCGGCUCCGCCGUGGGUCAUUCGAUUGGUAACGCUCUUUCCGGCGACAGCUCUCAACCAGCAGCUGUUUCCGCUCAACCUCAACCUCCUGAGGCUUCGAUGACUACCCUUGCUGCAAAUCCUUGCCAAUACCACAUUGAUGAACUGGUGCGAUGUUCGUAUGUGAACAGUGAUAUUUCACAAUGCCAGUAUGUUGCAGAUGCUCUGAAAGAGUGCAGACGUAUGUACAACCUUCAAUGA